GAUCAUGAUCCUACUUUCAUUUUAGACGGGGCGUUGGAAGUCGAUGAAUGUUGAACAUAUCUGGAAUGAUUCUUUGACACUGGCUUUGAAGACUGGCUAUGUACUAGGAUAUACAUAAAACUGUGUUGAGUUGUACAGACUUUCUGUAUGUAUUAGCCUAACAAAAUGGCAAGCUCCGUUGUUCAUCACUUGACAAGAUUACUUGUACUAUACCUCGUCACCUUUUCCUUCAUCAUUCCUAUCUUAUGCUAUUUUUUACCUUAUUCAAAACUUUUCAAAGUCUUCCAUUCAGAAAAGGAAAUGUUGAGUGAUGCCAAGGAUCUAAACAAAGAACGACUUUCCAGUGCCACUGCUUACUUUAACAGCAUUGAUAAAACAGAAUCUAUGAAGUUUUAUAACCGAUAUGACCAGGAAAGACUGGAUUUACUUGUUGUAAUUGUGACAGUUCAGAGAAAAUCAGCAGAUGUACAAAAUUUGGGUUAUUUCCUACAAGCAACAGCAGCAAUGGACAGAGUGAUGAAACAAAACCAAAGUUUUAAGAAAAAGAAACUAGUGAUUUGUAAUGUUGAUUCAAAUCCAUUAAACUACACUGAUGUUGUAUGGUUAUCAGAAUUUAUUCCAACCAUACAGAGAUAUGAUCCUCGUGGGAAGGACAUGGCCAGGAUGACAACUUCACAGAGAGCUGUGUUGUAUGGUCAACAUUUGCAUCUUAACAAGUAUGUGAAGGAGACAGUAGAUUAUAUGUUCUGUUUGGAGAGUGCAUAUCUUAUGAACUCCACUUAUAUCUUGAUGAUGGAGGAUGAUGCCAUUCCUCACAGAGAUGUCCUCAAUAAUGUCAAACAUGUUAUGGACACUAAACUUCACCAUUACAACAGAGAGUUUGGGCAUAUCAAGCUCUACUACCCCCAGAAGUGGCAGGGAUUUGCUUUAGAAGAGACAAGGAUCAUCGAGUUAGUGAGCAUAGGUUGUAUCGGAGCAGGUGUCUUUGUAUUUAUCUUAAAUUUGUAUUCAACUGCCAAGAAAAAAGUACUAACAUAUUUUAUACAAAUUCUAUAUUUUUUAGCUGGUUGUGUGUAUUUCAUAUUAGUUGCAGAACUUCUAGAUAGACAAAAUUUAAUGGAACUAAGAAGAUUUUCGAAGUCUUUGUAUUCGUUUAAGCAGUCUCCAGGAUGUUGUACACAGGCUAUGUUGUACAGAGAACAAGUUAUACCUGCCUUGCUGAACUAUCUACAGGGCUCUGCUAGACUAAACAUGGAUCAUACAGACAUUGCAAUCUAUAAGUUUACUUUGAAGUACAACAUUCCAUGCUAUCAGAUAGAACCAAAUCUGUUCUACCAUGUUGGCCUAUACACAUCACUGGUAGAGGGCAGAUACAAGGACCCAGAAGGAUUCCUCUUUCAUGUUUAAAAGAAGUGGCAUUAGAUAGAAUAGAUACCCAUUUUAUGUUAUGUAAAUCAGGGAUAACAUGCGAGUCAUCUAAAUCUACUACAGAGGCAAUAUGUCGCCUUGCCACAUUGGCCUAUGCAAAACGCACAGACCUUUGGAUUGGGAUUUUGAAAAUCACAUUAAUUUUAACAUGUGAGUAUAUUUGGUGCAUUAUUUUUACAAAAUGGCAGUCUAUCACUUAAUGUAUAUAAUUAUCAAUACAAUGUAUACUUUCCAAAGCUUGCCUAUAUCCUUUUUAGCCCACCAUCAUCAGAUGGUGGGCUAUUCAAAUCGCCCUGCGUCCGUGCACGUGGUCCGUCCGUCCGUAAACAAUUCUUGUUAUCGCUAUUUCUCA